AUGAUGCACGCAUUUGCGAAGCGCGACCUCUGUGAGGACCGCUAUGGCAACUAUUACACUUGCAGCGGUUUUAGCAAUGGCGCGCGCGCCGGUGUCGGUAUCGCAAUCGCUGCCGCAAUCCUCAUCGUCAUCGCCAUCGUCCUCUGCCUCGGCCGCCGACGCCGACAGCGUGUCCAGAACUCGACGCAGGCCUACGGCUAUUCUGGCCCGGGCCCAAACCAGGCCGCCUACGGUACUCCAUACACGGGCAACCCAUACACGGCCCAGCAACCCGAGCAGCCGUACUACUACGGCUCGCAACCAGGCGGAGAGACGAUGCAGGGUGGUGCCAACAACGCCUCGUAUGGCUACCCGCCACAGGCAAACACCGGCAACACAAAUUACGCUCCUCCUCCCGGUCCUCCCCCCGCGGCCGAGUCGCCCUACGCACCGCCGUCGCAGCCGCCGCCAUCGUACCAGAAGGAGUAA